AGUAACUCUUACAGUUCAGCUGGAAUCGUAUACUUGUCAGUGUUUUAUGGUGUCGGUGAUCCCGUCGUUCACCACAAAGUUGAGAUACGCUCGAGGUGCUCGGUCCCGUAUAUCAUUGUGCGCUUUGUCGGCGGAGGGACGAGCGAUUAAGUGAAAAAUACCGAAGCAAGCAUAGGGCUAAUAGAAUCGUGAGUAUGCCACGAGGCUCCAGUGUUUCCUGAUCUGCACCGAUAGUGUGAUAUUAUCGAACAGCACGCGUAACGCAAAGAUCAAGGAUCGAACUCCCCGAGCGGAGCAGAGUCGUACUUUUCACGGGACAGUGCGUCCGAGAGCUCGGUCGCCGUGAUUCUCGUCGGACAAAUAUUCUACGUAUCUUCGGAUCUACGUGCCGCUUCGAUUCUCGAGAGACGACGAGUACCGAGAUUUUCGAAAAGAAUUCCAUCUGUAUCGCACCCGGUUCCUCGUACCGCGAACCGUAAUCGUUCCGCAAAGUAUAAACAGUUUCCCGACAAGUGACGCACGUUUCCCGCUUUCAUCGGUCUAUUCCUUUUUCCAGUUUGAUUUUCAAACGUUCUAGCUGCACACGACCGAGCAGGAGAAUCGCAUCGAGGUCCAGUGUUGUGUGUUUAUCAUGGUGAAUCGAAGCCGCGGCAACAAAGGAUGUAUCUAACUGUGCACGAGUAUCGUUAAGGAGCGUGAAAACACUCGGAACAUGUUUCUAUUUUUCAUGAAAACAAGAAAACGCAGGAGAAGCAUUUGCAGUUUUCACCGUGUGUGAUUUGUGACCUCUGAAUCUUUCACACCAUAUAUUAUCUCUUCACUCGCUACAUUUGUGCAUCGAGAGAGAGAGAGAGAGAGAGAGAGAUGUUUCGUUUGGUGCACUUUUCUUUUCUUUGCGCGUACCAACGAUAAGUGGAUGUUUCGCUGAAAAAGAAGAGGAACCCGUUGCACCCGCGAACAGCUAAUCAAACCCAUAGUGAUCCUCAUCGGAAGUGUCGGUACGUGUUAUUAAAAUCGCCCAAAUUUGUUCCUUGUCUUCUUUACUAUUAUUCUCUUUUCCCUUUCCGCUUUCUUCUUCUUCGUCGAUUCACCGUCACCGUCAUCAAUUCGUCAUCAUCAUCAUCAUCAUCAUCAUCGUCGUCGCCGUCCUCGCCGUCAUCAUCAUUUUCAUCUUCCUCUUCAUCUUUUCUUUCUCCCUCUUUAUCUUCAACAGCGCUGCUGUCGCCACUUCGCCACCAUCUGCUUCCUUAUCUGUCGUAUCCUUCUUUCUCUCUUCGAGUUUUUGAUUAUGAGAGAGGCUGUAAUCAUUACCACGUGCCUGUUGGGUUUCGUGUUCGCUGGAAGUCCUAGAUUGCCCAGGACCUCUGCCGAUGAACGUAACAUUCGCAAUGUCAGUAACAAUGGAAACAACGUCACUGGAAACACGGUACCACCGCCAACUCGCAAUCCUCAGAGAAAUAGAGAACAAUACCUAUUCAAUGUUUUCGAGGUGAUAGUUUCGACUCUGGAAUCGAAAUUACAACGAAUCGAAAAUCUGGAUAAGGCAGUGGAACACCUAAUGAGAAGAGUGGAAGCUCUAGAUUCACGUGUCAACGAUAAUAUAGAUAAAACCGAUGCUGUCAUUACGAAGCUUCGAACGUUGGAUUUGAAAUUGUUUAAUUCUCAAGCGACAUUUGUACCAGCCGAUCAUGCUAUUUAUUCUGCUAGAACGUCCAACAAUAAAAGCGACAGUGAAACUAGAGAAGUUCGUACGGCGGAAAAAAAUCAUCGAGAUUCAUCAUCGUCCGAAGCUUUGGGCGAGAAAUUAUUAUCGCUCGACCAAAAAGUCUCCGAUAUCGACAAUAAACUGAUCGAUUUAAAGAACCAACUAGACAACAAUCUUUUACAAAACGACGAUAUAAAUGCAGAAGCGAGUGAGAAGAAACCCGUUAGCAUGAACAUGAUCGAAAUAACGAAAGCGAUGAGUAACGAAGUGAUUAAUCAUAUAACGAUCGAGAUAGACAAUCUCAGGCAGACCACUGGUAAUAUGGACAGGAAAUUACAGUUCCACAUGAAUUUGGUUUCCGAACAGUUGGAAGGUGUUUACAAUAUGAUGACAGAUGUGCACGAUGCAAUAAUAGUGAGGGGAAAUGCAAAUGAUCAACGAAUUCUGAACGCUACAGCAACAACGGCAACAGCCACAGCAACAGCAACAGCAACAACGACAACAACGACAACGGAAACACCGUCAUCGAAGCAAAGUAAGAUCGAUCGACUCGUCGAACAGAUGUAUCCUAUGUUGACCGUAUCCGAAAAGAUGGACGAAGUUUGGAACGUCGUGGUUGGCACGAAAAGUUCCGUGGACGAUCUGUUGCCCAAGUCGGACGAGCUGCUAACGCAGACGCAAAGGCAAGAGAGAGCGAUAAGCGAAAUUCACGCCGAUUUGCGCUCGAAAACGAACAAGAUCAUCGAAAACUUGGAAGGCGUUGAGAACAGAUUGAGGAAGCAAGAAGACGAUGUCGCUACUCUCGCUCAACGUCCGAUUCCAGCAGAACUGUUGCUCGAUCCCACGAUCGAUCGACUCGUCGAAUACGAUUCCAGCAGGUACGUCGGACUGUCCGAGGACCUCGCGCCAGAGACAACUAUUUCUCCGGUGACGCCAACCACCGUCAUCUCAUCGGUGUCCGUGUCGACGUCUUCCUCGACUUCGUCCAACAUCGUGCCGUCCAAUCAUUUCAACAGCUCCAUCAACAGCGUCGGUGGUUCGAAUAAUUCUUCGAAUUCGACCGCGUCCUCGGGGAUACCGACUAGCAGCACGUCGACCGCGCAAAGGUCUUCCGCUAAAAAUCGUGGCGUGAUAUUUCCAAGCGUGAAAAAUAAACCUAGUCCAGCGAACUCGACCUUUGCCACGGAUGCGUUUCUCAGUUACAAGGAUGUUAAGGGUUACUCGUGCGUUGAUCUGUUGAACGCAGGUAUGAGAGAUAGCGGAGUCUAUUAUCUUCAAAUACGCGGUACCACGUACUGGUUCUUGAAAGUGUAUUGCGAACAGGACAUCGCCGACGGGGGUUGGACGGUUAUUCAGAGGAGAGACGAUUUCGGUGAACCUAGAGAAAAUUUCAAUCGUGAUUGGGCCGACUAUAAAAAUGGAUUCGGCGAUCCGGCUAGAGAAUUUUGGCUUGGCAAUGAAAACAUAUACAUGUUGACGAACAACGAAGAUUACACGCUCAGAGUGGAAUUGGAAGAUUUUGAAGGAAAUAAACGGUACGCGCAAUAUUCUCAUUUCAAAAUUUAUUCGGAAGCCGAGUAUUACAAGCUGGAGAUCGAUGGCUACGAUGGAAAUGCGGGUGAUUCUUUGAACGAUCCUUGGUACGGGUCCAACAAUAGUCCGUUCUCAACGUACAACAGGGACAAUGAUAGGUCGUCGUUGAACUGCGCAUCCAUGUUAAAAGGAGGAUGGUGGUGGAAAUCGUGCGGACGCGGAUUAAAUGGGUUAUAUUUGAACGAUCCGCAAGAUUUGACUGCUCGUCAAGGUAUCGUCUGGUUUCGUUGGAGGGGCUGGGAUUACACGUUGAAGCGAGCCACGAUGAUGAUUAAGCCGAAAGGACUUUCGGGAGUCGCGUAGUUAGAAAAUACCUAUCUGUUGUGUGUAAAAAGUCCAAAGAUUUUGGAUCUGAACGCAAUUUGGUUUGGAGUUCCAUAGUCGAUAGAUAUUUAUUUCUGUCAAAUUACGCAAAUAAAAGAAGGCGAAAGAAAAACACUGGUUAAAACAUAGCACCGUGUAUGUAAGUUGCAAUUCAGAACAGUCGUGUCAAUGUAGUUGAAAAUUGUAGGAAAAAUGAAAUAUAUUAAACAUCUUUGCGCGAUGCGUUUCUUUUAAGUAACUUCCAUAAUACGUUUUCUUCUUUCAUUCUUCUUUCACUCUUCUUUCUUCUUUCUUUUUUCUUUUUUCUUUUUUCUUUUUCUUUUUUCAUUUUUCUUCCGAUACUUCACUUUUCGAUUGUAAUUAUUUAUAAAUCAACGAAAGUAUUUGCUUGGUAUUAUAAAAUAUCGAGGGAAAGAAUAAACUUAAUCUAAAAGAAGAAACAAAUAUGACAAAUACUAACAAAUGUGCUAAACAAGUUGCAUUAAAACUGCAUUUCAAACAAAACAUGACUGUAACUU